GGGGGCGCCGCGGGGUCGCUCCGCUCCACCAGUCGCCGAGCAUCCGAGUGGGCGACGGCUUUACUUCCGCGUCCGGCCCCGCGGCGUCGGGCGGCUGCGCCGAGGGCCGGGCGGCCGCAGAAGUCUGGGACUGCGAUUGUUUCAGCGUUUCUGAAAGCUUCAGGCAACACUUUAGGAGUCCAGGGGGGUGAUGGCAGGCCACAAAGCAGAGGAGUUGCUAGAUAUUCUUCAGCUGAACGUGGGCGGCUGCAUCUACACCGCCCGCCGGGAGUCUCUGUGCCGCUUUAAGGACUCCAUGCUGGCAUCCAUGUUUAGUGGCCGCUUCCCUCUUAAAACGGACGAAUCUGGGGCGUGUAUUAUUGACCGCGAUGGACAUUUAUUUAAAUACAUCUUAGAUUAUCUCCACGGAGAAGUUCAGAUCCCCCCGGAUGAGCAGACUCGAGCUGCCUUGCAGGAAGAGGCCGAUUAUUUUGGCAUCCCUUAUCCGUACAGCUUGUCUGACCACUUGGCCAAUGAAAUGGAGACAUAUUCUUUAAGGUCAAAUAUAGAACUUAAAAAGGCUUUAACAGACUUCUGUGAUUCAUACGGCUUAGUCUGCAAUAAACCAACAGUUUGGGUUCUCCACUACCUUAACACAUCUGGUGCAAGCUGUGAGAGCAGAAUUAUUGGUGUCUAUGCUACAAAAACUGAUGGGACAGAUGCUAUUGAUAAGCAGCUGGGAGGAAGAAUUCACAGUAAAAGCAUUUUCAAAAGAGAGGCGGGAAAUAAUGUUCAGUACAUUUGGAGCUAUUACUCCGUAGCUGAGUUGAAGAAAAUGAUGGAUGCCUUUGAUGCCUGGGAAGGAAAAGGUGUAAGCUACUGGCGAGUGCCCCAUGAGCUCAUAGAGUGUUGGACUCUGGAAGAGCGGCCUUUACACGGAAGCCUGCGCCAUAUGGCCCCCAUCCGAAAGAGGCGGCUGCUGACCCUCAGGGAAGAGGAUGAAGGUGUGAACUGUAAGACUGGUCCUAAGCCGGUCAGGUUUUUGGGUCCUUCCACAAGCACCCAAAUUAAAGUCAAGAACUCUGCUUCUGUGAGAGUGUCACCUAUCAGUGCUGCCCAGAUCUCCUCUCAGGCCACAGCAAACCGGUCUCAAAGAGGCAGCUAUGGAAAGGCAGCCCAGUGCUCUGUGGCUACGGGGACAUCUGGGCAUGCUCCCACUUCCCCUCAUGCCCAGAGUGCUGAGAACCAAGCCACACAGCCACCACCAGCCAAGGUGCUCCUCUCUGAGAAGAAGUCUCCGCCCCACCGAGUGAUCAAGCUGAGGAGGACUCCACUGUGUGGGGGGCCUUCCCUGCCCACCCCCUCAGCAGGGAGCCAGGCUGGCUUCCCCCAGCAGCCUUCUCCAGAGGCUUCCAUCGCUUUGGGUAUGCGGACUGAGUCCAGGGAAGACCAGCCUGAUGGAUAAAGUGGACUGGAAACUGCCUGUCUGUCCCGCAGCUUCCAGUGUGCUGAUUUCAACAAGUGAGCUCUGUUCUUGUCGGCAGAAGGGAAAACUCGUGUGGAUGUUUAGGAUUAUUACAGGAAAAGUGAAUUCCAUGAUGUGGGAGUGGAGGAGUAGUGCUUGCGAUACUACUUAGUGUUUUCCUAAGGUUGUCUGUGUGCAGGUUGGUUUCUAGUUUUUAAUUUUAAGCUUUAUUUAAAUGGUUAAUCACUAGAGACGUUCCCCUUUUUUGCAGUGGUAUUAGCCACUUCUGUAAUGUUACUCCUGUAGUCCAAGGGUAGGAGUGAGGCCUGGCAGAUGAGUUCCUGUAGAUGGAGAGGGGGACCAGUGCUGGCCACACUGUAUGGUGGCCAGGAGAGUCUCCGAGGGAAUGUGUCCACAAGCUGCUCACAGUUGCUUAUUCUCCAAAGACAACAGAUGACGGGGCAAGGGAAAGAAUAUAGUUAAAGACAGCCUUGGACGCACUUGACCGGCCAUCUUCUUUCCUGGGUUGGCUCUUCACCCAGAUCCGUUAGCAGAUGUGUCUUCAGACACCACAAGGGGUACAUGUGGUGAGAGCUGUAGAAUGGGUUUGGGAAUGGUUCAAAUUUUAAUUUGAAUAGUGAAGUGUUGAAGUGCUUUGAAAAAGAGAAGUUAAAUAAGUUUAACUUUUUAACUCAAGUUAAUUUGUUCUUAGAAGUGACCAUUGAAGAGUCCUUCUGAUUAUACACUAUGUUUUAUGCAUACAAUUUCCAUAUAACUUGAAUUUCAUAUUUUUAAACAAAAUAUUUUGAUUAAUCCUCUAUUUUUUCAUGACCAUUGAAUUGGAUGUGCUUACUCUUAUAUAUUAUGUUUGGUAAUUGGAUCGUACAUUUCUGCUUUUCAUGAGCACUGUGCCUCAGUGUUUUAAAGAUGGUUCAUUGGGUAGUGUGCUCCUUACUCAGAUCCUGGGCAUGUACUUGUAUUGCUUUGAAAGAGUGAGGCAGGUAUACUCAUGAUGUUUCCUUUUAAAUAAAUAAAAUGUUUCCACAAAAA